UUCAGUCUCCGUCCUGUCGGAUAGAAACAGUCACUGCUGGAUCUCUCCUCUCUGAUAUGAAGCUCUGAGGGCCUCAGACUUCCAGCAUCCAGCAGCAGAUGGAGGACUUCCACAGAUCAACUACCUGCUGUGGGAGUUUCCUCUGAGUUUCCUCCUCUCACCGGUGACACCUUUGUUGUUGUGUUGAAUUUUUGCUGCUCGUCCCGGACAGAAGCCACAGGCUUGAACUCCUCCUCCUCCCUUUUCUCUUUCAGCUGUCAGUCUGUCUGUCACUGUCAGGAUAUCCCCUUCCCUCUUUCUAGGGUUUCAUAAUGCGGCCAGCACCGACUCUCAUUCAGCAGCUCGGGUGGAUUUCAUCCCGCCGCCUGUCCAAGAAUAUCGACCAGUAAUAACUUGAGCAUGAGGCGACACAGUGGGGUCGUGGAGAUAAUGGAAGGUCACGGGCCACACAGGACUCAACUCUGAACCAACAGUUGUUUUCUAACCCUCCUGGCAGCGCUGUUAAGAUUUUUGAGUUUUUGAGUAUAUGAGCGUUUUUUUGGAUUUACAGUCAUGGGAAAUGCAGCAGGGAGCAUCGAGGCUUCCCAGGGGAAGGAUGGGAAGGCGGCGGCCCCGGGGUCCAGCGGGCCGGCCGGGGCCAAGCUGCCGAUGCCACCUGAGGAGGAGCUGGAGGAGAGAUUCAGCGCCGUGCUGAACACGAUGAACCUUCCUCCAGACAAGGUGAAGAUCCUCAGUCAGUACGACAACGAGAAGAAGUGGGAACUGAUCUGUGACCAGGAGCGAUUUCAAGUCAAGAAUCCGCCGUCUACUUAUUUGGACAAACUGAAAAGUUAUCUGGAUCACGGAGGAGUCAGUCGAAAGUUUAAGAGACGAGUCCAGGAGUCGACACAGAUCCUGAGAGAGCUGGAGAUCUCCCUGAGAACCAACCACAUCGGUUGGGCUCAGGAGUUCCUGAACGAGGAGAACCAGGGUUUGGACGUUCUCGUGGAUUAUUUAUCCUUCGCCCACAGCGCUGUCACGUAUGACGUGGACGCUCUGGAGAACGGGACGCCGCCCACAGAAAAAGGCAAAAAUGUGGACAAAUCAGUGGAAGAUCUGAGCAGAAGUGCCAGUAACUCACCUAGUCACAGUGCCUCGAAGGCCAGCAAGGCCUUCACAGUCAGAAAAGCCCUGAGGAGCUCUCGAGUCGUGAGCCAGAAGGACGACGUUCAUCUGUGCAUCAUGUGUUUACGUGCCAUCAUGAACUACCAGUCGGGGUUCAACCAGGUGAUGAAACAUCCCUGCUGUGUCAACGAGAUCACACUGAGCCUCCACGACAGAAACCCCAGGACCAAAGCUCUGGUUCUGGAGCUGCUGGCGGCCGUCUGUUUGGUCAGAGGAGGUCAUGACAUCAUCCUGUCAGCCUUCAACAACUUCAAAGAGGUUUGCGGAGAGAAAAGCAGGUUUGAGAAGCUCAUGGAGUAUUUCCGCAAUGAAGACAGCAACAUCGACUUCAUGGUGGCCUGUAUGCAGUUCAUCAACAUCGUGGUUCACGCAGUAGAAAACAUGAACUUCAGAGUUCAUCUGCAGCACGAGUUCACUCAGCACGGACUGGACGACUACCUGGAGAAGCUGAAGUUCACAGAGAGCGACAGGCUACUGGUGCAGAUUCAGGCCUACCUGGACAACGUGUUCGAUGUCGGAGCUUUACUGGAGGACGCAGAAACCAAGAACGCUCUGCUGGAACACAUGGAGGAGCUGCAGGAACACAACACACAGCUGAACACCAGACUUCAGGAGAGUGAGAGGGAGGCGAUGGAGAAAGUUUCAGAGUUGGAGAAGAAGCUCAUUCAGACCACUAAAGAAGUGGAGCUGCUGAAGGAGAGUCUCCGUGAGUCGUGUUCUCAGGUGACUCUGCUGCAGCAGCGAGAACGAGAGCGAGAACUGGAAAAUGAGAGGGAGAAGGAGAGAGAGAGAGACCAGGCCCGGUCCACCCAGAACCUGAAGGAGCUGGAGGUCCAGGUCCAGGGUCUGGUGGAGCAGGGCCUGGUCCGGAUGGAGAGGUCCUCCUCUGGACGCCUCCACGUCCAGGUGGUGCAGCAGCAGAAAGCUGCAGAUGAACCUGAUGCAGGAAACAACCAGGAAGAAGCUCAAACCUCCUCAGAGUCCAGAGCUGAAGCCUCCUCACAGCCAGUGAUGGUUCCAGCUCCUCCUCCUCCACCUCCACCUCCUCUUCCAGCUGCAGCUCCUCCUCCUCCACCUCCAGCAGCUCCACCUCCCCCGCUGCCUCCUGCUGGUGGUACGACCCGGCUGUCAGCAGAGGGGACAGGUGGGAGUUCAGGCUGUAAGAAGAAGAAGCAGAUUCAAACCAAAUACCGGAUGCCGCUGUUCAACUGGCAGGCUCUGAAAUCCAACCAGGUGGCAGGAACCAUCUUCAACGAGCUGGACGACGAACACGUCUUAGAGGAGCUGAACAUGUCGGCCUUUGAGGAGCAGUUUAAGACCAAAGCUCAGUCCACACCAGUCGAUCUGGGAACCCUGAAGAUGAAGAUGGCCCACAAGACUCCCAGUAAAGUGUCUCUAAUGGAGCCCAACAGGGCCAAGAACCUGGCCAUCACCCUGCGUAAGGAAGGAAUGGCAGCUUCAGAUAUCUGCUGCGCCAUCGAGACGUACAACCAGAAAGCUCUGAGUCUGGACUUCCUGGAGCUCCUGGAGCGUUUCAUCCCCACCGAGUACGAGAUGAAGCUGAUCCACAGCUACGAGUGCGACGGCAGGAGCCUGGACGAGCUCAGCGAGGAGGACCGCUUCAUGGUCCGAUUCAGCAAAAUCCCUCGGCUGUCGCAGCGCAUCAACACGCUCACCUUCAUGGGAAACUUCCCCGAGAGCGUUCAGCUCAUCCAGCCGCAACUAAACGCCAUAAUCGCCGCCUCGAUGUCGCUCAAAUCCUCCAGCAAGCUGAAGAAAAUCCUGGAGAUCAUCUUGGCAUUUGGAAACUACAUGAACAGCAGCAAGCGAGGAGCAGCGUACGGCUUCAGACUGCAGAGUUUAGAUUUGCUGUUGGACACUAAAUCAACGGACCGCAGACAGACUUUGCUGCACUUUAUUGUAAACAUCAUCCAGGACAAAUAUCCGGAGCUGCAGUCUUUCUACACGGAGCUGCACUUCCUGGAUAAAGCAGCGCUCGUUUCCAUCGACAGCAUCCUGCAGGACAUCCGAGCUCUGGAUCGAGGCAUGGAGGUGACCAGGAGGGAGUUCUCGGUGGAAAAAGAGAAUCCGGUUCUGCAGAGGUUCAUCAGCACCAACACCGAGCUGCUCGACUCGCUCACAGCCGACGGGAAGACGGCUCAGGACGUUUACGACUCGGUGGUGGAGUACUUUGGAGAGAACUCUAAAACGACGCCUCCCUCCAUGUUCUUCCCUGUUUUCGUCAGGUUCAUCAAAGCGUACAAGCAAGCCGAGCAGGACAACGACCAGAGGAAGAAACACGUCCAGAACUGUGACACUCCACCAACUCCUCCUAAAGCAGAAGUCACAGCCAACAAGGCUCCUGUGACGUCCAAACUGCCUCAGAUGGAUCUGAUAGCCGAGCUGAAGAGGAGGCAGGUUUCUCCUCUGGUGAGGGAGGGGAAGGACGGAGCCAUCGAGGACAUAAUUACAGCUCUUAAAUCCGUGCCCUUCACGGCUCGUUCUGCCAAACGCUCGUCUCGUCUCUUCUGCGACUCUGUCUUCAGCGACGAGAUUUAAGGAAUCAGCCGUACAGACGGACGGACGCCGGCCGACGAAGCGCCAAAUGGAAACCAGGCCAGCAGCUGCAGGUUUCCUCGGACAUCUCCCUGUGAAAAGACGACAAACGGACUGAGUUCUGCAGCCUCACAAGCACAAGACUUCAUGUUAAACUCUGAUGCAUGUCGACGAAUGCAGAGGUGGAAAUGCAUGAAAGCAGAUCUGCAGCACAAAGAAACAUCAGCCUCAGUUCUCAUCAGCUCUGAUUCAUUAGACGUCCUGUGAUUUGAACAAUCGAAUGAAGAGUGAAUUAUUAGCAGCAGAUGACACUGGAUGUCAGACGAGCUAAUCAAGACGAUUAAAAGGAAGAACGAGCCCAGAAGAAAGGAGAGUUCUUCAUUAAAGCUGCUCAGCUUUAAGAGGAACUCUGACGGACAGAACGCUCAUGAAUCAUUUUGAUAGUUUUCUUAAAAAGGCUGCAGACAUGAUUUUUUAAUUGGUGUUAAUAUUAAUUGCCACUGCCCAUCGGACCGUCUCCUUCUGUAGAGCUACUCAAAAAUUAAGCUGAAGAUUUGUAAUAUAUUUAAAUUAUUUUUAAUACUGAAGUGCAACAGCGAUGAACGUCUACUUUGCUUCUGCAUUUCACCAAAUAAAGCAUUUUAUACCGUU